GAAAUCUACACGAAGGAGAAAAGAAGAGAAGAGAAGAGGAACAGACUGCAUCAUUGGGGAAAAGCUUUCUUAAGUAAACACGGAGGUGAUCCAUCUGUCUUGACAUGGCUCAGGAUUUCAAACCUGGUGAUCUGAUUUUUGCUAAAAUGAAGGGUUAUCCCCACUGGCCUGCAAGGAUUGAUGAGAUUCCAUAUGGAGCUGUCAAACCAUCAAAUAUAAAGUUUCCUAUCUUCUUUUUUGGCACUCAUGAAACAGCAUUCUUGGGUUCAAAAGACAUCUUUCCCUAUUUGCCUAACAAAGACAAGUAUGGCAAACCUAACAAAAGGAAGGGUUUUAAUGAAGGCUUGUGGGAGAUUGAAAACAACCCUAAAGUGGAGCUUAACGGACAUAAGAUAAUGAAUGCUGGAGCAGGUUCUGUUAAGAACUUAAGCAGCAGUCAAGAGGGGAAUGAUGAGAAGAGGAGAAAGUCUGCUCAAGUGGCUGGCAGUGAGGAGGACGAGGAGGAGGAGAAGGAGAAGGAUGAUUGUGGUGACAUGGAGGUUUCUGAUCAGGGACAUAUGAAAGAUGAAGACCCAUCACAUAAAGAUACCACAAAUGUCUCUGCCAAAGAUAAAAGAGGAAGGAAGAGAAAGAUUGAAGCUGAACGAGACUCUGAUACAGAAAACUCAAGCCCCACUUCAAGUGCUCCUGGGUUAGAUUUAUUAUCAGCAGGUGGAGCAGUUCCGUUACUAAAGCGCAGAGGAAGGAAACCUAAAAUGGAGAAAUCACUACUGCUGCAACAACAGGCUUCAAAGGAGCCACUGAGGUUAGGCGUGGAUCAUUUACAAAUGUUUGUAUAA